CUGUGGGACAUCAGAGAUGCUCAGGUGGAGCAGCAUUGAGUGCUGAUGGGAAUGAAGCGUUUGGUGCUGGUGAAGGUGUUGUGUGGAUGAACAGAGUCGAGUGCAGAGGGACUGAGAUUCACCUGUGGGACUGUCCUCAUGUCCUGAAAAAUCACACUGACUGCUCACACAAAGAACAAGUUAAACUCAUCUGUGCAGGUGAGAGGAAAACACUGAGAGAUCAAUUCAUUAUCAUUUCAGCAAUUUCUUUAAAAUGUGUGUUUGUUUCUUCAUUGACCGAUUUGUCUGAGUCCACAACAACAUCAGCUUCUCCUUCAGUUUCUCAGACAAACAGGAGAUCAGUGACUCCUCCACAAACUCCUCCUCUCUUCAAUCCUCCAGUGGUUGUGAUUGUACUGGGAGUUUUGCUCUUUUUGCUCUUAGUGCCACUGCUGAUACUGAUUCAACACAAGACAGUGAUAAGGAGAGGUACAUCACAUAUAAAUGCAGCUCUCUCUAAGAGGAGACACACGACUCUGACUGAGGCAGUUUAUGAAGAGAUUGAUCACAGACACACAAACACACACAAACACUUCACUCAAAGAGGGAGUCUCAUCUCUGAAGAACAGCAUUCUGGAUAUGAAGAUGAGCUUCUCUCAGAUGAAACGCUUGUGAAGUAUGAGGUCAUCAUCAGUGAACAGAUCCUUCAAGAUCAUGACAGAAUUGCAUAUUUAUCACCCAGUAUCUAAUUUUCCAAUGUAUGACUUUUAAACAUGCAUUGAUACCAUUGAUCCAGUCAGUUAUCAGUUAGUCUGAGAAAGUAGACAUGGGUAAGAUGUACCUUAAAUCAAAAUGUAAGUUGUCUUCCUAAAUCAUGUGAUUUCAUCAGAAGGAGUUUAGGAGGAGUAUGAUGAUGUGAUGUGAAGAUGUAACCUAUAAUCUUAAAAACCUCUUAAAGAUGUUUAU